AUGGAUCGGCGCAUCGCCAUCACCAUGGUCCACGAGCAGGAGCCAAGCUGCGGCGGCGUUCCUUUCGGUCGCUUCUUCCAGCAGACGCCGCAGGUGCUGCAGCGGCCGCCGUACAAGCUGUUCGACACGGUGGCGGUGGCGCUCUACCCGGCUCCGGAGCAUCGUGAGAUCAGCCUGCGCCUCAUACUAAAAAGCAUGGGGGCGGUGCCGUGCGACGCGGGGCCGCUCCGCCGGCGGUGGCAGCUCCUCCGCCGCCGCAUCGCGGUGGCGCGCCUCGUGCGGCGGCGCCCCGCCGAGCCGCGCCAGCAGCCUGUAGUGCAGCCGUAG